GGCUACGGGCUUUUUGCUUUUUGUUUUUACUCUCAUACGCAGGAUAUCAACUUGAAGAACAGGGAGAAGAAGAUGAUGAUGAUCGGUUUCAGCAUUCAAGGCCUAUUGGAUUUGUUCGUCGCCGGAAUUUCUCUCGCCAUCGGUUUGGGAAUUUUUGCACUUAUUGCUUCCAUUCUUUGUUCUGCUGCUUUCUUGAACUGUGCCAAGGAUGUUUCCUAAUUGGUGGUACGCUUUUCUCAAUUUUCAUGGGAAGCCUGUUCUGAUUCUUUCUUCGUCUGUUUGAUCUGAAUCUUGGAGAGUAAUUUUGAUUUGGUUGCAAUGGUAACAGAAAUGGCUAGUUGAAUUGAUUGGUUGUUUUGUUUGUU